UUGAUGAGCAUGAGAAACUAAGCUUAAUCAAACUGGCAAGCCUGAUUGAACUUGCUUUGAAGAAAGGUACCAGAGAACUGAAUCUUCAGAACAGGCUGAUGGAUGAUGUGGACUGGCUGCCAAGCUCAAUAGGAAAGCUCUCAUUUCUUACCAUUUUGAAUCUCUCUGAAAACAGCAUACAUUCCAUUCCAACCUCAGUCGGAUCCCUUUCCUUGCUACGAACUCUCGACGUUCGAGCAAAUCAGAUAACCGAGCUCCCCAAGUCCAUCGGCGACCUCCUCAGCCUAUGCCACCUGAACCUGAGAGGCAACCAGCUCACUUCCCUUCCCCCCACCAUUGGAAAACUAGUAAAUUUAGCAGAACUUGACCUCAGCUCCAAUAGGCUCUCCUUUCUCCCAGAUUCAGUUGGUCAUCUCAUCAACUUAAAGAAGCUAAACAUGGAGGCAAACAACAUUGAGGAGCUCCCUCACACAAUUGGCAACUGCAACUCACUCGCAGAGCUUCGGGCUGACUACAAUUGCCUCAAAUGCCUUCCUGAAGCAAUUGGAAGGCUUUCGUCUCUCGAAAUCCUUUCGGUGAGAUAUAACAACAUCAAGGGCUUUCCCACCACGAUAGCUUCACUCUCAAAGCUUAAGGAGGUCGAUGCCAGCUUCAACGAGCUCGAAUCCAUCCCAGAGAGUUUGUGCCUUGUGACAACACUUGUGAGGCUGAAUGUAUCCAAUAACUUUGCUGAUCUCCAGUUGUUGCCGAGGGCCAUUGGCAACCUUGAGGUGUUGGAGGAAUUGGAUAUUAGUAACAAUCAGAUCAAAGUGCUGCCGGAUUCGUUCGGAAUGUUGACGCAGCUGUGCGUGCUUCAAAUGGAAGAGAAUCCUUUAGAGGUUCCUCCCAGGCAUGUUGCCAAUAUGGGAGCACAGGCUGUGGUGCAUUACAUGGCUGAAAUGGCUGGAAGGAAGGCAGUAAAGUCUCAGGCAGCAAAGCUCAAGAAGACAUGCUCUAAAUUCAGCUCCUUUUCAAACUCUAGAAGAAAGAAGCAUCAUCAACAUCAUAUUGGGAAGUUCUAAUUUAUAUAUUAAAAAAAAUACAAAGGGAUCUAAGAUUAACACACUGUAGCACAUUAUACCCUCUAGAGAGCAAUAUCAUAUGGAAGAGUUGCAGUGUCAACCUGUACAGAAAUCAUG